AACUUGGAAGAAUCACGGUUGGGCUCCAGAGCAAAGGCAUGGCACUCAAAACAAAGCGGUCCGUGGCUCACAUGCCUGCUUCCUCCGCCCACACCCACGGGGUGUUGGGUGGCGUCACUUUCGCCGCAGUGUCGCGCGUGCGUCCGUCUCUGGUGGCUCCGAUGUGAGCUACCAAAGGACUUCGUUUCCUCGUGGAAAUCUUCGAAACGCAAGACUUGUGUGUGGGCGAGAUUGGUUCGCCUUGUGCUGGUAGACGCAAUUUGCCUUUUCGUUCUGUGCCCACGCACUGUCCCCGAAGGGAUGAACUCUGUGGACGAGCGUCGUCGCUACACCACGGGCUAUUUUUUCUUUGUCCGAAAAAAAGACCAAUGAGGAAGCCGAAGAACCGACGCUCUGUGCCAGAGGCCUGUGUCUUCCUCUCGCAGACAGAAGGCGACGAAAGGCCUGCAGAGCGGACGGCGCCUACGCAAACAGACGAGUUGCAGCCGUUGAGAGGCGACGAGCCUUACAUGCCAGCAAAGCGAGGAAUCAAUGCUUCGACGCAGUUAUUUGGAGACGAAGAACUCUUCGAUUUCGCAGACGAAGUGUCUCCUUUGGUAGAAGUUCUCGUCUGGAAGACCCUCGAAGAGGUGCAGAGCGAACUGGUACACGAAGGAGAACUCGAGGAAAUGGCAGCGUACAGAGAGGCAUGCGAGCAGAGAUGUAGAGCCCGCCUCGAUCGCGAGGCACAGGCAGAGCGCCUUGAAUGGCAGCGGGUGGAAAAUAUGCGAAAACUCAUUGAAUUUAAUGAAAGAAGAAUUGAGGAAGAGGGACUCCUGAUUAGAAAGCUGCUGGCAGUCGAGGCUGCAGAGCGAACCCCUUUCUAUCCCCUCGUCGAAGGUUGUCUUGAUGGAUUGCAAGCGCAAGGAGCCUUCAUUGAAGACAACACUGUUGCGGUCCAAACGGUUGCGAUGCUGCAACUGAACAAAGACGUCAAGGCAAGACUCGCGCAGCUCGUGGUGCGUCCUCUCGAGACCGGCACUGAGUAA